GCAAUUGCGGGAAAACAUUAAAUACAUAAACAUCUUGUAUUUAUCAAGGAUCUGCCAGAAACUUAGCACAUCGGAUUCUUUGACUAACAACCUUCUAUCUUUUCCUAUAAAACCAGCUUAUCAAUGUUAUAACGUUCUCAAACUCUUCAACUUUUAAUUAGUUGAAACAAAGGUAAAGCAGGGUGAGAGGAGAAAAAGAAAAUGAAGUUCAAGUGUUUAGCCUUGAUUAAUCUUUUACUCUUACAGUAUCUGGCAAUUCUUGGUAUUUCAAAGGGAUUUGAUUUCUUCUACUUUGUGCAACAAUGGCCGGGAUCCUACUGCGAUUCAGGCAAGUUUAGUUGUUGCUACCCUCCAACGGGGAAACCCACCGCUGAUUUCAGCAUUCAUGGACUUUGGCCUAAUUACAUAAAUGGUUCAUACCCUCAAAAUUGUGAUCCUAGCAACCCUUUUAACGAAUCUGAGAUUUCAGACCUCAUCAGUAGCAUGAGAAUGAAUUGGCCAUCACUAGCUUGUCCAAGCAGCAGUGGAGAAAGCUUCUGGUCUCAUGAAUGGGAAAAACACGGUACCUGCUCGGAGUCCGUCCUUGAUCAACACACCUACUUCAGAACAGCUCUCAGCUUAAGGCAACAAACAAAAUUCCUUCAAAGUCUUACAGGAGCAGGAAUCAAUCCAGAUGGAGGAUCUUAUAGCGUGGAGAAUAUUAAAGAUGCUAUAAAAGAAGGAACUGGUUACACACCAUGGAUAGAGUGCAAUGAAGACUCAUCAGGGAACAGCCAACUUUACCAGGUGUAUUUGUGCUUGGACAGUUCUGGGUCAAACCUCAUAGAAUGCCCUGUUUUUCCCCAAGGGGAAUGUAGUUCAGAGAUUGAAUUUCCUACCUUUUAAACUCUUUUAUCAUGUAUUUCAAACAACUGCAUUUUAU